UUACAACAUGGCAACAUGUCAACAGCUUGUCGCAUGCUUCAUAAUACGACACUUGUUUACAACCAGCUUGUGGUGUGAUCAGUAGCUGUUUCUGGACAUGGAUGUUAACCUAGGAGAUGUUUGAUAACAUUUGGAGAAAGUCAUUGUAAUUAGUCCUCCUAGAUAGAAACCACUGCUAGCAAACAUGUCUCAUGUCACUAAACCUCGCAAGAAGGGGGUCGGCACCCAGAAAAGUAGACUAGGAACACUUCUGGAAGCUUCUAUCAGGUUCAAACAAACUCUCAAAAAAGUAAAUGAAAAUCCAAACAAGAAAAGAUCUGAAAAACGGAUUGAUAUGGUGCUGGUCCAUAAGAGGAAGUUGGACAACGAAGAGGAGGAUGCUGAGGAGACAAGAGAGCGUCUCCGGAGGAACACUUUACGAGAAUGUUUUGAAAAAAAAUUAAAACAGGAACAAUUCAAAAUCAAGGAAAAGCAGCAUGGGAAAAAUGUAUAUACAAUGCUACAUUGUUCAUUUGAGAGACUUUGUAAAGAGGCAGAGACUGUCAACUUGGAAAUGAGGUUGGAUUCUAAAAGUACAGCAGAGAUGCUGAGAAAUGCACAUAAGAGAGAAAAGGUUAAACAACUGUCUGCACGACAGGAAUAUACUGGAGAGGCCCCUCCACCUACAUCAACAACUAACAAACAGAGCUGGAAACAGAAGAAAGAAACCAAAUCAGAAAUUGACAACCCUCACAAAGACCAGUUCUGUGGGUCAUUUCGAGGAUGGCUACGAAAAAAAGAGAAAAACUUUUUCGAUCCUGAUCCAGAAGAUAUAGAGGACUUUGAAAGUACACCCUUCAUCAUGGACCGCUAUCAUAUCUACAAGGGUCAUGAGGAUCCGCACACAUUCUUCAGACCUUCAAUUAGGUCCCUCCUGGUAAAGCAUAUUUUGAUCAACUUAGAUAUUCGACAGGAUUUGGAAGCCAUGGAUUUUCAAUUAAAAGACUAUAAAGGACCCACAAGACAGUUCUGUGUAUGUCUAGAUGAUGAUGAUGAAGAUGAAGAUGAAGAUGAUGAAGAAGAAAAGAGGCUACAGAAAAUAGCAUUACCUUACCUUAGGAUGAAGGAGGUGUACACAGACUCGCUCAUCCUCCAUGAUGUGUCCAAAUGCUCUACCAAAUAUGAGGAAGCUGAAAACAGGAUGAAAAAGGAGCAUAAAGAAGAACUGAUUAAAAACUUUAACAUUGAAGAUGAUCCUAGAGAAGGCUUAGAUCAACGGUGGACGUCACUGUACAAGUAUCAACCUCUUAUGAAAAUACGUAAUUACUUUGGGGAGAAGAUUGCCUUCUACUUCGCCUGGUGUGGCCUGCUCAUCACUUCUCUGUGGGUGCCUAUGUUACUGGGGUUCGCCAUAUUCUUGUAUGGACUCUAUCUCAGUAUCACAGGCAAGAGUACAACCUCACCAAAAUACGGUACCACGAUGACAACUCUGGCUCCAAACACUACAGCAGCUCCUGAGGAAGUUUCCUCCCUUGCUGCAAUGGCCUUGAACAUCAUCAAGAGUUCCUUUGACAAUGAAGUCACACCCUUUUUUGCCUUGAUCAUAUGUGUUUGGGGUACCCUGUUCCUGGAGCUCUGGAAGCAGAAGUCAGCCCGCUGUGCCUACCUCUGGGAUGUACAGGAAUUUGAGGCUAAUGAACCUGACAGGCCAGAGUUCUUCAGCUCGACAUUCAAGGAGGACCCUGUGACGAAAACCAAGGAGAUGUAUUUUCCGUCUAAGAAGCAGAACAUACGAUACCUCAUCUCUUUCUCCACGCUCCUGUUCAUGAUCCUGAUCGUUCUCACUAGUGUCGUCUCCAUUAUCAUCUACCGUGUCAUCACCAGCGUCGACUACUGCCCGAAUAUGGAUUCCACCUCCUGUCUCCUAGCAACCACUGUCGUGUCUUCUGUACUUAAUACUGUCUCCAUCCUCAUCCUUGGCAAGAUAUAUGAUUACCUGGCAGUCAAGCUGACAGACUGGGAAAAUCAUAGGACCCAGACUAUGUAUGAUGAUGCCUUGAUCAUCAAACUCUUUGCAUUUCAAUUUGCAAACAACUACGCAUCCAGUUUUUACAUUGCCUUCUUUAGAGGGAGGUUUGACUACACUGGUAUCCUGGGUCUUGGAUCAGAGUACCGUGACAGUUGUGAGGGGACGUGUAUGUCUCAGCUAUCGUUCCAGAUCCUAACCAACAUGCUCCUCAAACCCCUGCCCAAGGUGUUCAGCGACGUCGUCAAGCCACUUCUGGUCAGGUUAUGGAGAAAACGUCCGUCAUGUAUGCAGGGCGAGAAGCCAGAGUUGUCGGAUGACCUAGAAAUUCAACUACGUGCCCUUCAUUACCCAGAGACAUUAUCCUUUAUGGAUAAAGAGUACAUGAAACCAACCCUUGGUGAUUUCACUGUAGGAGAGUACACAGAGAAAAUAAUCCAAUAUGGAUUUCUUAUGUUGUUUGCUGCCUCCCUACCCCUGGCUCCCCUCAUUGCUCUCCUGACCCUACUGAUAGAUAUCCGUGUGGACGCGAAGCGGAUGUUGUGGUGGUACCGUCGACCGACUGCCACUGUCGCACAAGAUAUAGGAACCUGGUUUACCAUUCUCCAAGUUGUAAAUGUGUGUGGUGUAGUAUCUAAUGGCUUCAUCAUCGCCUUCACCUCGAGUUGGGGCCAGCAGUACGAUAUUGUCACCCAACUCUGGAUCGCCAUUGGAUUUGAGCACAUAGUUUUUGCUCUCAAGUUUUUGUUGGCCUACUUCAUUCCUGAUAUUCCAGACGAUGUGGCUCUGAUGAUGAGAAAGCAUCAACACUGGAGGACACACAAGCUUGCUGAGAUAUUGGAGGAUGAUAAAGAUAAGGAACGAGAAACACUGAAAGAAACUUUACUUCAGAACAUCAUUAAGAGUGAGGAAGAGUAUAGAAGACGUCAAAGCCGCGGAGGUGAUGGGGACGGUGGACAUACAGAGCCUUUAUACAGAGAGGAGGAGCCAAAAAAAGAAAAGAGCAAACCUGAACCUGAAAAGCCUGUACCAUUACCUAGUCGUAAUGGUCAGACCCCAGUGGAACACCCAGAACCAUUCCGAGGGGGUCCUGACCCCUUGACCCCUCCAAUGAGUGAGGUGAGAAAUAGAUACACUACAGACCACAUCACAGAUGAGGAUGGUGAUGACACAUAUGUAAGAAAGAUGAAAAAGAAGAAGAAGAAAAAGGACAAAAGAAGAAAAAAUUACAGUGAGGACCAGUUGAUUAUUGACUGUGAUGAUUAUGAACUUGAAGACCAGGGUGUGAGAUCAAGGAGACGUGUGGCACCACUAACUCCUCCCCACCAUGACACUACACCAGCCAAUCAAAAACUUCCAGGCCAGCUGUCAUUUCGUGUAAAGGGUCCCGUGGGAGAGGACCUCGGGGAGUAUGUCCGAACAUCGGAACAGCGAUACAGAUAUCACGAUGACUCUUUCGCUUAGACUACUUUGUACAAAUGGCAGAUCUCUUUAGUAUCCUCACAUUUAAAUGGAUCUCCGAUGAUGACUCGUGUUGCAUAGAUAUACAUAUAUAUCUUAAAAACUACAAAUGGCAGAAGUCCUCAAUGUUUCCAUCAAAGCUAAUAUCACAUGAGUAUUAUAUAGGUGAAUCAGCAGUUACUACUGACUUCAAACCACUGACUUUUAUUGAUUGACUUCAAACAAUUGGCUUUAAGCAUAUUUAAGCUAGAAACUACAGCACUGUUACAGUUGAUAGCAGAGAUUUGCAGCUGAAUGCUGUACCUGUUUUAUUGAGGCAGCUUUACUGUCUCAAUUUCUGUCAAGUUAUAACUGUGUCGCUGAGAUGUACAUGUAUCCUCCUGCAAAUAAAGAUGAAUUUUAAAUCUUAAAUUUACAAAAACCAUGACAUAGUAAACAAUAGUUGUUCUGUUUAAAAAUAUUCCCAAGUUGUUUGUAUGUGUUACCUUAUCAGGUAUGGGAGCCAAGAGUUAGUAAACCUAUUUAUAUGUACAUGUAUGUUAUUUGUUAGUUAUAAAUAAUGAGCUUUAUAAUUUAUAGUCAAUGAGUAAUAUUUUAUAGUGCUGUAUUGAAAGUCAUCCAUUGAGAGACAUAUGCUAAUAUAUAUUUAUAUAUAUAUAUAUGAUGAUGAUAUUGUAUUUAAUGACAUGUUCCCUUAGAUUGAGUAUUAUAUCCAACAUAGAUAUAGAUUUUUGUAGUUCUGAAUGCAGUGUUUUAAGUCAAACUCAUGGAAGUCCCUGGUAUACUAUCAACCAAUACAGAUUCAAUGGAGUAUAAGUAGAAGGGUUUGAUGUUAUUGUAUACCUGUACUUUAUACUAUAAAUGUCCUAAAUUUUGAGAAAAAUAAUCCUUCAAACCAAAAUUUUGUUUUUCAAAAUAAUUGCAUUUUUUGUAUGUUUUGCACUAAUGGAGUGUGCAUUUCAAAUAAAGAAUGAUUUAAAAUAAUUUUCAGAAGUCAAUCAGUUUAUAUUCUUACUUUUAUUAAUAAAACUAGGGACUAACUUUUAUCACAAGGGGAUGAUGACUAUGAGAUGAUGUUACCUGUAUAUUUAAUGUAUUAAGUGUAAAUAGUUUAUAGAUAAAUUAAAUGUAAGAUAGAUAUUAGAAUAGUGCCAUGACCUUCAUAUUGCAUAGCUCUAGUCCAUUACUGUGAAACUUUUAAUCAUAUUACAUAAUUAUAAUUCUUCCAGAAACCCUGUUCCAUAUAUGUGUAUUGAUUUUUUUUACUUUUUUUAGCCAAACUCAUUUUACAUUCCUGUAUUUUGAAAGCAUCAUUUGCUCAAAUUGUGAUUUAUUAUGGGAACAAACUGAAAAUCGGAAAUGACAUAUCAUGGAAACUCUAACUUUAUGUGUAUUAAUUAAGGUCUUUUCUUUAUUCAUUACCUUUAUUUUUUAUCAUUAUUGUAUUCUAUUUUUAGCUCACCUGCCCGAAGGGCACGUGAGCUUAUGAUGUGGUGCAGCAUCUAUUAUUCAUCCGUCCAGCAUCAACUUUUCCUUUAAACAGCCUCUCAGUAACCUAGAAGCCCAGCAACCCGACAUCAAGCAUGUAGCAUACUGGGGUAAAGGGCUAAUGAGUUUGUUCAAUUGAAUGACCUUGACCCCCAUUCAAAGUCACAGAGGUCAAAUAUGCUAAAAACUUAUUUCCAAUAACCAAGAGGCUCAUGCAGAGCCCUGAUAUUCGGCCUUUACCAUUCAAAAAUCAACUUCAAAGUUGCUUUAGAAGCAGGUGAGCAUUUAUAUACAGCAAAAGAGAAUUAUGAAGUCUGGAAGAACAUGUAUGUAAAAUAUAGUUUUCCUCUUUCUGAUCUGUAGUUGUUCUGUAGGUGGCGGUAUGUAUCAAGUCAGUAACCAGAAUAUACAUGUGUCUUAUAAGGCUAUAUGUCUUUUCUUUUUUAGUUCAAAAUAUUUUUCAUCCUUUAAUGUCUGUAAUGUCAUUUUUUCUAGUUCCUGAUGAUCUUUUAAACAUAAUAUCAAACAAUUUAUAUUAUUGUUUCAGUCUGUAUUUGUAUGGUGGUCAAAUUAGAAUGAUGUAUCCAUUUCAUUAGGUUAAUAAUCUGAAAUACCUAUACAUUUCCAAACUAGCCAGGGCUGCCAUAACAAGGACAGAUAGGUCAAAUUACCCUUUGGAAAAUAUAUGUUCCAGCAUUGUUGACUAGAGAGACAACUCGAGCAUUGGAACGAGACUGAGCUCGCCUGUAUAUACAUAUUUGUUAUCAAUUUAUUUCUUACUUUGUAAUGUUACAAUUUGCAAUAAUGUGCCGAAAUGAUAUUGAUGCUAUUUUUACAGAGCAUAAUGUUCAUACUCUUUAAGGAUGUCUAACGCUGUUUUAAAACAGUCAUUGCUGUCAGCCUGUCACUGAACUACACAUACUGAAAACAAUCAGUCAUAAUGAGGAUUACAGGGUUAUAAUUACCAGGUAUAUACCGUAUAGCAUAAAACGUUUGUUGUGUAUAAACUGUCAUUGUUUUUGAUGAUACUAAUGGAACCACAAAUAUAAAUACAGCAAAUAUUGUUGUAUGUAUUGUUAUAUAUUUGUUGCAUUGGCUUAAUUACUAAAAAAUAUUGUAUCCACAAAAUAAUUUGAAAACUCCAAACCAAAAAACAAUUAAGUACACAGAAACAUUUCAUGUUGUACAGUUGAGGUACCAUCCAAGGUUAUAGAGGUACCAUCCAAGGUUAUAGAGAUACCAGCUAGGGUUAUAGAGGUACAAGCUAGGGUUAUAGAGGUACCAGCUAGGGUUAUAGAGGUACCAGCUAGGGUUAUAGAGGUACCAGCUUGGGUUAUAGAGGUACCAUUUAGGGUUAUAGAGGUACCAGCUUGGGUUAUAGAGGUACAAGCUAGGGUUAUAGAGGUACAAGCUAGGGUUAUAGAGGUAACAGCUAGGGUUAUAGAGGUACCAGCUUGGGUUAUAGAGGUACAAGCUAGGGUUAUAGAGGUACCAGCUUGGGUUAUAGAGGUACCAGCUUGGGUUAUAGAGGUACCAUUUAGGGUUAUAGAGGUACCAGCUUGGGUUAUAGAGGUACCAUUUAGGGUUAUAGAGGUACCAUUUAGGGUUAUAGAGGUACAAGCUAGGGUUAUAGAGGUACCAGCUUGGGUUAUAGAGGUACCAGCUUGGGUUAUAGAGGUACCAUUUAGGGUUAUAGAGGUACCAUUUAGGGUUAUAGAGGUACAAGCUAGGGUUAUAGAGGUACCAGCUUGGGUUAUAGAGGUACCAUUUAGGGUUAUAGAGAUACCAGCUAGGGUUAUAGAGGUACAAGCUAGGGUUAUAGAGGUACAAGCUUGGGUUAUAGAGGUACAAGCUAGGGUUAUAGAGGUACCAGCUUGGUUUAUAGAGGUACCAGCAAGGGUCAUAAAGGUACCAGCCAGGGCUAUAGAGGUACCAGCUUGGGUUAUAGAGGUACCAGCUUGGGUUAUAGAGGUACCAUCUAGGGUUAUAGAGGUACCAUCUAGGGUUAUAGAGGUACCAGCUUGGGUUAUAGAUGUACCAGCUUGGGUUAUAGAGGUACCAGCUUGGGUUAUAGAUGUACCAGCUUGGGUUAUAGAGGUACCAGCUUGGGUUAUAGAGGUACCAUCUAGGGUUAUAGAGGUACCAGCUUGGGUUAUAGAGGUACCAUCAAGGGUUAUAGAUGUACCAUCCAGGGUUAUAGAGGUACCAGCUUGGGUUAUAGAGGUUACCAUCCAGGGUUAUAGAGGUACCAUCCAGGGUUAUAGAGGUACCAUACAGGGUUAUAGAGGUACCAUCCAGGGUUAUAGAGGUACCAUCCAGGGUUAUAGAGGUACCAGCUUGGGUUAUAGAGGUUACCAUCCAGGGUUAUAGAGGUACCAUCCAGGGUUAUAGAGGUACCAUACAGGGUUAUAGAGGUACCAUCCAGGGUUAUAGAGGUACCAUCCAGGGUUAUAGAGGUACCAUCCAGGGUUAUAGAGGUACCAUCCAGGGUUAUAGAGGUACCAUACAGGGUUAUAGAGGUACCAUCCAGGGUUAUAGAGGUACCAGCUAGGUAGGGUUAUAGAGGUUAACAUCCAGGGUUAUAGAGGUACUUUCCAGGGUUAUAGAGGUACCAUCCAGGGUUAUAGAGGUACCAUACAGGGUUAUAGAGGUACCAUCCAGGGUCAUGGAGGUACCAGCUUGGGUUAUAGAGGUACCAUCCAGGGUUAUAGAUGUACCAUCUAGGGUUAUAGAGGUACCAGCUAGGGUCAUGGAGGUACCAUCCAGGGCUAUAGAGGUUACCAUCCAGGGCUAUAGAGGUACCACCUAGCUAGGGUUAUAGAGGUUACCAUCCAGGGUUAUAGAGGUACCAUCCAGGGUUAUAGAGGUACCAUCCAGGGUUAUAGAGGUACCAUCCAGGGUUAUAGAGGUACCAUCCAGGGUUACGUGUAUAGAGGUAAUCUCCAGGGUCAUAGAGGUACCAUCCAGGGUUAUAGAGCUACCAUCCAGGGUUAUAGAGGUACCAGCUUGGGUUAUAGAGGUUACCAGCCAGGGUUAUAGACUCAGUGAGGUACCAGCUUAGGUUAUCGAGGUUCCAGCGUGGGUUAUAUACUAACAACUAGGAUUAUAAGGGAUAUAAAGGGUCCUGCUGGGGUUAUAGAAGUGAACAACCUAGGAUUAUAGAGGUACAAGCAAGGAUUGUAACAGCUUGUCCCAUCUCUCCAGAUCAACUUAAACGUCUGCCAUAAAAGUCUGACUUUGGUUUAAAGUACCUUUAAAACAGAUAUUUCCUGCAAUACAGCAGCAACAUUAGUUAUCAGUAGUACCCUGGGACAUUAACUUGUGAACAUUUUGUUCCAUUUCGGUAGUUCUGUAUUCUUGGUGUCUCAUGUAUCAAUUAACUGCAAGAUUCUACAGAUUUUAUCCGUCUUAAGCCUUAAUAGCUCUGAGAUAGUUUUCCUUGCUUCUAAUUACUGGGCCUAAACUUUUGAUAAGCUGACAUUACUUUAGUGUAUUCAUGGCCUUUGGAAUUUGAUGUCAAAGCAAAUUGUUCUGGCUUAUAUUAUCUGGAAGAGCCUUAAAGCCAAAAGUAAUUUUCACAUGAAGUGAAAUGUUUUACAAGAAUGAAUGAAAUGUUCUGAAAAGGAUGCUAUGAAUUUAAACAGGGGUUGUUAUUUAAAAAAAAAAAAAAAAGUAACUAUAUAUCAGUCAGGGUCAGAUGGACACAGCUUCAGAAAGGAUUAUAGAUUAAUGCUAACUCUAUAGUUCAUGAUACAACAGAUUUUUCCAUUGCGUCACUCGUACAUGUGAGCUUUCUUUAUCUGUCAUACUCAUGAAAUAUACAUUGUAUAUGAUAUUGACUGGAAAUAUGUAAUAUCUCCUAUGUACCUCAACUACCUUUGAAGUAAGGUGACAGAAACUCUGGCUUUUUGGUGCUAUUGAUGACAGGGAUGAAACUAAACUUAAUAUAUUUUGAGCGUAUAUAUAUUAGAUGAAUAUCUAUCCUGGUGUACGGAUGAUUUGUACUGGUUGCAGUGAUUUAUUCUUAAAUAAAAUAAAAUUGUCACAUUGUAAACUUACAGUACUUGUACCAGGGUAGUUUCUUAUCCUAACUAAUGUGUGAAGCUUUAUUUGGUGAAAACUGCUGGGCCAUCUUGAAAAAUUUUUCUAAGGCAUUUACUGUGUCAUAAAAGUUAAUUUUACUCAUUACUGUUACUUCAUGGAUCAAUAUAUUUUUUACUUACAAUGAAUGUAUGUAACAAUAUGGAAUCCAGGCAGGAGAUCAUCUAUAUAGAACUCCAAACAUAGGCUUUUUGUCGUCGGUAAAAUAACAAACUACUUGUAUAAGUGUAAUGAGUAUUGUUACCUGUUGAGUCUGUUCGAGGCCACAACUGACCUUAUUAUAGAUUGUAAUACAACUUAUUUACUCCAUACUUACUUCAGAUUUUUUUAACGAAUACAACAGAAUAACUUAUUGGUGUAGUUUACCUAUAUUUUAUAUUAUUGCUGUGAUAGAUCUACUUACCAGAUAUUUCCGUCCACACACUAUGGAUGUACAUUUGUUAUAUAUUUUAGAGUACAUGCAUGGAGCACUUUUCUACAUUUAUGUCCAAUAUUAUUAUGUGAUUUUUAAGAAAUAUUUAUAAUGUAUGCUUUUAGUACUGAUACAAACUAAUAAAGAUGAAAAAGUUAGAA